AUGGAGGAGAAGAAGAUGGCAAGGAGAGCUCACUGUUUGGUGUUGACAUAUCCAUCUCAAGGUCACAUCAAUCCGAUGCUUCAAUUCUCCAAGCUAUUGGAACGUCAAGGGGUGAGAAUUACACUUGUUACAACUCGUUUCUACUACAACAACCUGAAAACUUUGCCUCCUUCUAUUGCUCUUGAAACCAUCUCUGAUGGGUUUGACAAAGGUGGACCAAGAGAGGCUGGGGGUGCCAAAGCUUAUUUGGAUCGCUUUUGGCAAGUUGGACCACCCACCUUUGCUGAGCUUCUUGAGAAACUUGGUAGAUCAGAAGAUGACCAUGUUGAUUGUGUUGUCUAUGAUGCAUUCUUCAACUGGGCACUAGAUGUUGCCAAGAGAUUUGGGAUAGUUGGAGCUGCUUAUCUCACUCAAAGCAUGACUGUGAAUGGUAUAUAUUAUCAUGUCCAUUUGGGGAAGUUGAAAGCUCCACUCACACAGCAUGAGAUUUCCCUUCCUGCAUUGCCUAAACUUCAUCUUCAGGACAUGCCUUCUUUCUUCUUUGAGGAAGAUUUGGGUUUGCUUCAUUUGAUAGUGAAUCAGUUUUCCAAUAUUGACAAAGCUGAUUGGAUCCUAUGUAACACAUUCUAUGAGCUGGAUAAAGAGAUAACAGAUUGGUUUAUGAAGAUUUGGCCAAAAUUUAGGACCAUAGGGCCAAACAUUCCAUCUUUCUUCUUAGAUAAAGAAUGUGAAGAUGACCAAGAUUAUGGGUUCACACAAUUCAAGAUUGAAGAUUGCAUGGAAUGGUUAGAUGAUAAGCCAAAAGGGUCUGUUGUUUAUGUAUCGUUUGGGAGUUUGGUUUCCAUUGGUGAGGAGCAAAUGGAAGAACUGGCUUGUUGCUUGCGAGAGUGUUCAAGUUAUUUCUUGUGGGUGGUGAGAGCUUCUGAAGAAACCAAACUUCCCAAAGGUUUUGAGAAAAAAACAGAAAAGGGUUUGGUAGUGACAUGGUGUUCCCAGUUAAAAGUUCUUACUCAUGAGGCUGUGGGGUGUUUCGUGACACACUGUGGCUGGAAUUCCACGUUAGAAAGUUUGUGCUUGGGAGUUCCAACAGUUGCAAUACCAUGUCGGUCAGACCAGAACACAAAUGCAAAGCUUACUUCAGAUGUUUGGAAAACUGGGAUUAGAGCUCUAGUUGAUGAGAAAAAGGUUGUGCAACGAGAAGAUCUAGAACAUUGUAUAAAGGAAAUAAUGGAUGGAGGUAAAGAGAUGAAGACCAAUGCCAUUCAAUGGAGGAAUUUAGCAGUAAAAGCUAGUAGUGAAGGUGGAAAUUCUCAUGAAAAUGUCAAAGAAUUUGCGAAUAAUUUAUAA